UGCUGCGAGCAGAAGCCGGGGCUGUCUCCCCGGUAACGGCGGAGGAUACCGGGCGGCUCACUGGGGCUGAGGCAGCCAUGACCCGGUGCCAGCAAUGGAGGUUGGGGCCGAGAUUGAAGUGACCGAAGAUGGCCUGUUGGAGGAGCUGCCACUGCGACUGGAGAAUGCUAAGAACUGCCUCUCAUGGGAAGGCCUGGAAGCCUCCAGCAGCGAUGACGACGGGGAGACCACCGCCCCCACCUCCCUGCCCCCCUUGCGCCCACCUCGGCCCUUGGCGCCAAACCUGCUGGCUCCCCCCUUCACCACAAAAUCCCUGCCUCUGGAGAACAUCAUUGUCCCCUUCCGCCCGGGGCCUGCUGCCGCCCCAGGGACCCAGGCGUUCGGGGCCUACCAGUGCCAGGAGUGCUGCCAGGUCUUCGUGGAGGAGUGGCACUACCUCCAGCACGCCCAGGAGCAUGCCCAGGAGCUGGCCCGGCUUCCCCGACCAGCCCUGCCCCACUCUCUGCCCCGGAGGAAGCAGCGCUGCCCUGAGUGUGGAAAGAGAUUCUCCCACCAGCCCCGCUUCACCAGACACGUCAAGUGGCACCUCAAGCUGGCACAGGCAGGCAUCCGGGUGCAGCGGAGACGGGGGGCCCGGCCUUGCUCCCUCACCUCCUACGUCUACCAGCUGCCAGGCGCCGGGAAGAACCAGGCAGGUUCUGGGGAUGUUCCCUGCCCGCCGCCCAGCUGGGAGGGUUCUCCCAGCCUCAGGAAGCAGCAGGGUGGGGCCUGCCCUGGCAGGCGUGUGGGACAGAGGAAGGAGCGUCAGAUGCCUGAGGCCCGGACAGCGAGCAAGGAGCAGGGCACAGAAGGGCCCAAAGGGACCCGGCAGCGUAGACCGACUCUGGGCCGGAAGUUCAGCCUGCCUAGGCCAGUUGGCAUGAGUCCUGCCCAGCCAAUGAACAUGGAGGACGAGGGGCGGGCGGCCAUCUUGGACAGCAAGGUUGUCAUGAGUCCUCCACAGCCAAUGAAUGGCCAGGUUAGCGGGAGCGUGCUUCAGGCGGCCAUCUUGGACAGCCAAAUUGGCGGGAGCACAUUUCAGGCAGCCAUCUUGGAUGGUCAGGUUGGUGGGAGCGCUCUCAGGACACUAGUCAUCAAUACUGAGGAGCAGGCGGCCAUCUUGGAUGGCCAGAUUGACGGGAGCCCUCUCAGGACGCUGGUCAUCAAUACCGAGGAGCAAGCGGCCAUCUUGGAGAACCUGAUUGGUGGGAGUCCCCCACCACCGGCGCACCUCAAGGAGGAGGCAGCCAUCUUGGCGAGCUUGGUGGGCGCCAGUCCUCUCCACUCUUUCCGGACCGUGGUGGUGGGAGCUGAGGAGCCGGUGGCCAUCUUGGAAGGCCAAGUUGGCGUGAGUCCCCUCCACCCCAUGCCCCUGCGGGCUGAGGAGCUCCCGCCUUCCUUGUUCUUGGAAGCCGAGCCCGGCCUCAGCACGGCUGUGGAUGCGGUGACCCUUCGCCUGGUUCCGUUGCUCCCUGACUCCCAGGGGCUCGUGCCGUGGGGCAACCAGAUGGUGGGGGAGCUUCCCGACGAGGCCGGAGACGCUCAGCCCACGGCUUUCCAGCUCACGGGCUACCUUCCGCCGCUCAACCAACAGUGCCGCCCCCCAGGCCCGCUCAAACUUCUNUGUGAGGUGCCGGGCUGGGAGCUAUAG